GCCAGCGAGCAGGCAGCUGCAAGAAGAGGCGAUCUUCCCCGCUUGCUCGCUGGCGCCUCGCUCUCAGAAGCUCGGGAUCCCGCACACGAGGCGCUGUCCUUUCAGCACCACAAGCUAGGGGCUCUGGGAGGAAGGACUGCUGCUUGUCCUCCUCUUCAAAUUGGCUUGAAUCUGCUGCGACCCCCAAGAGUGCAGCGCAGUCUGGGAAGAAAGACGUAAGGAUGGUGAAGCUGAACAGUAACCCCAAUGAGAAGGGAACGAAGCCACCUUCGGUUGAGGAUGGCUUCCAGACCGUUCCUCUCAUCACUCCCUUGGAGGUUAAUCACUUACAGCUGCCUGCUCCGGAGAAGGUAAUUGUGAAGACAAGAACAGAGUAUCAACCAGAACAGAAGAACAAAGGGAAGUUCCGGGUGCCAAAGAUCGCAGAAUUUACGGUCACCAUCCUUGUCAGCCUGGCCCUUGCUUUCCUUGCCUGCAUUGUGUUCCUGGUGGUUUACAAAGCCUUCACCUAUGACCACAGCUGCCCAGAGGGAUUUGUGUAUAAGCACAAGCGCUGCAUCCCAGCCUCCCUGGAUGCUUACUACUCAUCCCAGGACCCCAACUCCAGAAGCCGUUUCUACACAGUCAUCAGCCACUACAGUGUGGCCAAGCAGAGCACUGCCCGGGCCAUCGGGCCGUGGCUGUCGGCAGCCGCUGUCAUCCAUGAGCCUAAGCCGCCCAAGACCCAGGGCCAUUAGAGGCCUACCCCAGCCAGAAUGGGGGUGGUGUGAUAGGGCAGGGGCCUUCCCCAUCGGCUAAGCCAAGCUUGAGUUACAAGACAACACUGUACUCCUGGGAUAUGGGGGUGGGGGCGGGGCAGGGUAGGGUGGGGGUGGCACUCUCCGAAAAUAUCGUGCACUGGAGUUGUCUGAAUCGAUAUUUCUUUUUGUCCUUUGGUAUUGUUGAUUCGUCCCUAAGUCAGGCUCAUGUACAAAGGCAUGUUUCGUGUUGAUCGUCCCAUGUAAGAUAUUUUCAAAGCCACUGCUUAUUCUUUGUUAGGAAAAUUUAAAAACAGAAAAGAUAUACAAGGAAGUAAGUAGAAAGCAUGAAACAGGCUCCACCUGGAAGAUGUUAGACAGCAGUAAAGAACACAGAGUCUGGGCUUCUUAAACAAGAAUUUGUAACUUCACUGUGGGCUUUGGAACAUGUGAGUGACAGGGACUGAGCUUCCAGUCUGCAGGAUAGGAGCCCUGGAGGCUGGGAAUGGCUGAGUUGUAGAAAAGAACUGAUUUUGGCAUUUCUGAACCCAGGACGCAAGUGGCCUGGAGCCAAAUGUACUGAUCACUGGUACAUUUGGCAGGAUGAGCACAAACUUCAGCUGGGCAUUGAUGCUAGGGCUUGGGCAGACCCACAUGGCCUAGGCCAACCCCUCAUGGCCUGGGCUCUGAAUGCUCACCCAGUGGCAGUGUGUUUUGCCUCAGCAGACACUGAGAUGUGGGCAGGUUUUGUUCAGUGCUUUGUUUUUCUAGAUCUAUGCCUGGAUAUCACCUUUGUUUAUGAGACAGCAAGGGUAGAGAGGGAGAAAGGGAGGUAAGGAGGUGAGAAAAAAGAAGGUACAAGGCAGGGCUAUGAGCCUUGGCCAAGUCAGAAGCACAGGCACAUAAUUUUUAAAAAUUUUAUCUGUGUUUCCCAAAAUGCUAACAGCACUAGUGACAGUUGGAUUACAAGCAGAAACUUCAAGCGGUAUCCAGAAAGAGUCCUGAAGAUUUGGGCUGCAAUAAUCCCAACUCAUUUCUGGAAGAAAUUGGAAGAGGUGACUUGUUCACUGCAUUGUACUGACAGGGGAUAUUGGUCCAAAUUUCUCAAUCAAGUUCUACAUGCUCCUGACAAGGAGGCAGCAUCCGGCAUUGACCAGGCCUCCUGCUCCAUGGAAACAUACAGGGCAGCCCAGGCCUUCUCACAGUUUCAGGGAGGCCCAUUCUGUGCGGGUUUUGGCUCUAGGCCCAACAGGGCCAGAACUGAUUAGGAGAAUUGGUGAUGUGAGAUGUGUUACUGUUUCCCCAUGAGUCUCCAAUAGGCCAUUUAAAAGGGAUUUUUUGUGGCUUGCUAUGCUGCUGAAAUCAUUGUACACAACAGCUGGGAAAUAAGACUAGUAUAGCUCAAACUAUCCUGCCAAACGCUCUUAUCUGAUUUUUCCUUUAUCCUCCUCCAUGCUCCCAUCACCUUGAGUAACCUGUAAAUUCACUUGUCAUCUGAAGCAGAAUGACAAGUUGUCCCUAGCAAAACUGCUGAACGCUUUAUAAUUUCGUGGUGUAUUUUUGUCAGUAGGUAGCAGAGUCUGAAGUAUUUUUUGGUGUAAUUCUUGAAAUUUUCUGACAGAAAACAAAUAAAGAUAGAUGUGUCUGA